AUGAAGUUGGCUACUUUUCUGACAGUUUCUGCCGCCGGAACUGAAGCUGCUGGAAGAUGGAUGGGAGAUCGCCCGGAAUUGAGCAAGGAAGAUGCGGAUUCCUUUCUGAAAAGAUACACGCGAAUGAAUUCCGUCCCUGGCGCAGCAGAUGACUCCCUUUUGGAAGAAAUGCGCACUGGAAAUCUGGAGCGAGAAUGCAACGAAGAAACUUGCGACUGGGCCGAAGCGUAUGAAAUCUUUGGCGACAAGGCGCAAACUGACGAUUUUAUGUACAAUCGACUUCACCAGUGCGAGAUCAAGAAUCCUUGUUUCAAUUUGGGAACUGCUAGUUGUCAGAAUAAAUGGGAUAGUUACUGGUGCCAGUGCUUGAGUGGGUGGUAUGGGAAAGAUUGUGAUUUUAUGGAUACAAAAGAUGGAUACAUGUGCCAACGAGCCACCGGUUGCAGUAGUCCUCUUAUUGCCGCACCUCAAGUCGUCCUUGAAUCCACCGAAACUCAAGAAACAACAACAACAACCACCUCUACGACAACAACGAGAAUUCAACAAAAACUAUCAGCCUACGAACCAAGCGUUGAGUGCGAUACAAUCAAUGAUCGAUUUACUGUGAAAAUGCCGCUUUCGUAUGAUGGCGACUUUUUGCUCGGCUGGGAUAUGAUGACUGCCAACUGCGGGUUUACUUCGGAGGAUCAGCAAGGUGUUGUUUAUUCUUACAAGUUUACUGAAUGCGGAACGCAAAUGAAACUCGACGAAAACGAUCCAAAUAAAUUUGUCUACGAAAAUAAUCUCAGCCGAAAACCAGUACUUUCUGGAGGUGUUUACCGAGACUACGGAGCCAUUUAUAAUUUCCGAUGUAUCAUUGAUCGUCUUGGUCAUGUCGACAAUGAUUUUGUCAAUGCAACGACUGGAGAAGUCUCUGGAGAUAUUUUGCCCGUUUAUGUUGUUUCUGAUAAUAUGAUCUCAGCAAUGGGUGAAUACGAAAGCAACGACAAAUUCAUCUUCCGACUCAAUGUUUACGAAGAUUCUUCUUACCUCAACAGAUAUAAAAUGCAAGAGUUUCCUCUUCUCAAAUCUCUCAAAGAAAGAAUCUAUCUCGGGACAGAAGUCAUCACCAAAAUGGAGCACGAAUACAUCUUCACCAAGCGCUGCUGGGCCACGCCUUCUGUCGAUUCGGAAAUCAAUGUUGCUUACUCGCCAAUUAUCGACAACGGUUGCCCGUCAGAUGCCUUCACUGCGCUACAAGCUCGGCUCAACCACGAAGAUCGCUUCUCAACGGAGACGCUGAGGUUUCCCGAGUCUAAUUACGUCUACAUACAGUGCGAUGUUAUUGUCUGCGACCUGCGAAAACCUAAUUCUAUAAUUAAGGCCUACGGGUUACCACAUGGUCUUACCAGACGAGACCCAGCUUGUCAAUCCACCUGCCGAGCCGAUGCUCCAACAAACCUCCAAGCUUCCGAGAUCAUCCGCCGAAAGCGACGAUCCGCCUUCGACGAAACUUCUCACCCAGAACAAACCGUCACCCUCGGCCCCUUUUUGAUCAAAGAUCAGGAAGAGCAAGCUCAAGAAGAAGCAGCAGGUUUUAGCUUUUGGUCGACUAGUUUUGGCUGGGUCGUGGCAGGAUGCGCGACUGUAAGUCUUGUCGCUUACGUCAGCCAGCGAAAGAAGUUUUCAACGAUCGAGCCGAAUCAUGAAAAUACAGUUAUGUAA